AUGGACCGGGACCCCGGGGACACGGCCGGAGAGGGUCCGCUGGCAACACGGCCCCGCCGCCGCCGCUCCCUGCGCCGCCUGCUCAGCCGCUUCCUGCUGGCGCUGGGCAGCCGCUCCCGCCGGGGGGACUCGCCACCCCGACCCCAGUCCCCGCAUCAGCUCGGACGCUGCGAUGGUGACGGUGAGGGGGGAUUUGCCUGCGCCCCGAGCCCGGCUCCAGCGGCCCCCGGGAGCCCCGGGGCGGAGCGCCCACCCGGACCCCAGGCUCACUUCCCCGCGGGCGACGGGGCGCGGCCGCCGGGCGUGCAGGGUUUAAAGAACCACGGCAACACCUGUUUCAUGAACGCCGUGGUGCAGUGUCUCAGCAACACCGAUCUGCUGGCCGAGUUCCUGGCGCUGGGACGCUACCGGGCCGCGCCGGGCCGCGCCGAGGUCACCGAGCAGCUGGCGGCGCUGGUGCGCGCGCUCUGGACACGCGAGUACACGCCCCAACUUUCCGCAGAGUUCAAGAAUGCUGUUUGCAAGUAUGGCUCUCAGUUCCAGGGCAAUUCCCAACAUGACGCCUUGGAAUUCCUGCUCUGGCUGCUGGAUCGCGUCCACGAGGACUUGGAGGGCUCAUCCCGUGGGCUGGUGUCGGAGAAGCUGCCGCCUGAAGCUAGCAAAACGCCUGAGAACCUCCUGUCGUCAUCGUCAUCGUCAUCAUCAGCUCAGCUGCCUCAGAGCUUUGUGCAAAGUCACUUUCAAGCCCAGUACAGAUCUUCCUUGACUUGUCCCCACUGCCUGAAACAGAGCAACACCUUUGAUCCUUUCCUGUGUGUGUCCCUUCCCAUCCCUUUGCGCCAGACGAGAUUCUUGAGCGUCACCUUGGUUUUUCCCUCUAAGAGCCAGCGGUUCCUGCGGGUUGGCCUGGCCGUGCCCAUCCUCAGCACAGUGGCCACCCUGAGGAAGAUGGUUGCUGAGGAAGGAGGCAUCCCUGCAGAUGAGGUGAUUUUGGUUGAACUCUAUCCCAGUGGAUUCCAGCGGUCUUUCUUUGAUGAAGAGGACCUGAAUUCCAUUGCAGAGGGAGAUAUCGUGUAUGCUUUCCAAGUCCCUCCGUCCCCUGGCCAGGGGACACUCUCUGCUCUUCCAUCCAGUCUGUCCAUGUCCCCAUGCUUGGCGGCUGGUGAGGGUCAGCGAUUCUCCCAGUCCCUUCACAGUGACAACAAGGUGCUUAUCCUCUUCUGUAACCUGGUGGGGUCAGGGCAGCAAGCCAGCAGGUUUGGGCCACCCUUCCUGGUAAGGGAAGACAGAACUAUUUCCUGGGCUCAACUUCAACAGUGUAUUCUCAGCAAGGUCUCCUGUCUCAUGAGGACAGAGGCCCCGACACAGGACCUGGGGUCAUUGUUCUCCAUCCGGGUUGUGGGACUCUCCCUGGCCUGCAGCUACUUAUCCCCACAGGAGAGUCGGCCCCUCUGUCACUGGGCACUUGACAGGGCUUUGCACCUGAGGAGGCCGGGAGGUCCCCCGCACAUCAAGCUGGCUGUAGAGUGGAAUAGCUCUGCCAAGGAGCGCCUGUUUGGGAGCCUCCAGGAGGAGCGGGUUCAAGAUGCAGAUAGCGUGUGGCAGCAGCAGCAGGCACACCAGCAGCACAGCUGUACCCUGGAUGAAUGCUUUCAGUCCUAUACCAAGGAGGAGCAGCUGGCCCAGGACGAUGCAUGGAAAUGCCCCCACUGCAAAGUCCUCCAGCAGGGCAUGGUGAAGCUGAGUUUGUGGACCCUGCCUGACAUUCUCAUCAUCCACCUCAAAAGGUUCUGUCAAGUGGGAGAGCGAAGGAACAAGCUCUCCACGCUAGUGAAGUUUCCCCUCGCUGGACUCAACAUGACUCCCCAUGUAGCUCAGAGGAGCACCAACUCCAAGCCACUGCCAGUCCCCUGGCCCUCCUGGAAGCAGGCGGCCCCUCUGCCCACCACCUACUCGCUGGACUUCCUGUAUGACUUGUAUGCCGUCUGCAACCACCAUGGCAGUCUGCAAGGUGGGCAUUACACAGCCUAUUGCCGGAACUCUCUGGAUGGCCAGUGGUACAGCUAUGAUGACAGCACAGUGGAACCACUUCAAGAAGAUGAGGUCAACACUAGAGGGGCCUACAUACUGUUUUAUCAGAAGCGGAACAGCAUCCCGCUCUGGUCAGCCAGCAGCUCCUUGCGAGGCUCCACCAGCUCCUCCCUGUCUGAUCACUGGCUCAUGAGGCUCGGGAGCAACAAUGGCAACAGCACGGCAGGCAGCGUGUUGUCCUGGAGCUCUGCCCCCUGCCCCUCACUGGCCCGGGUGCCCGACUCUCCUGUCUUCACAAAUGGCCUCUGUAACCAGGAAAAGGGCCAGCUGGAGCCCAGGCCUUUGGUACGGGGUGUUCACAGCAGAAGUAUCAGCAUGAAGGUGCCCACCCCUUCCCGAGCCAAGCAGGGGUCCUUCAAGACCAUGCCCCUCCGGUGGUCCUUUGGACACAGAGAGAAACGACCGGUUGCAUCUGUCGAGUUGGUGGAGUACUUAGAGUCUAGACGGAGACCUCGCUCCACCAGCCAGUCCAUCGUGCCACUGCUGACGCGAGCUGCUGGUGGGGAUGGGAAGUCGGCGUUGCCAAAGUUGGAUGUCACUCUUCCUGCUAAAGGUGAAGGUGAUGGUCAAGCAAGCAGGAGAGGAGCUACUGGAGUGCCCUGUCCUUCAGGCUACCCCAACCACCAUCCGGUUCCUGGAUCUUUGGAUGGUCUGAGCACAGUCAGGACGUUAAAGGGAAAUGCAAAUCAGGACAUCAAGCUUCCCAAAAAAUUUGACCUGCCCCUUACUGUGAUGUCCUCAGUGGGGAAUGAGAAACCAAUGCGUGCAGAGGGUCAGAAGACUGCAAACUGGAAGGGAAAUGGCCAGGUGGGGAGCCAGAGCAGCCCACCCUCACCCUCCAUGGGAUCGCUUAGAAAUAGUAAGGACCGUGGCCAAGGGACCUUGCCCAAGAUGAGAACUGCUAUGGAGGAAAGGGCCUCUGAAAAAGACAGACUCCCACAUGGGACAUUCACUCUUCUCAGGUCUGUGUUUUGGAAGAAGGAGCACAGGAAGGCUGACAGGGCUGGGGGCUCACCACCAGCACCCCCAGACUCCCUGGUGAGUGGCAGGCUGAGCCCCACUGUGGACGAGCAGGCUCGAGGCUCGUCUCCUGUCCUCAGGACUCAAGAGAGCUUGGCCAGGGGCCUGGGCAGCCACGUGGAGAGGGAUGUCCGAUCUGCACCCGGUUCUCUCCGCCUCCCUCGCAAGGCUGCCAGGCCUCCCAGAGCCGUUGCCACUGGCCCCUCACACAGGAGUGUUCCUGGGGAGCACACUUAUGGCACCUUGCAAAGGAUGAAAUACCACACUCUUUCCUUAGGUCGGAAGAAAACCUUACCGGAGUCCAGCUUCUGA